AUGAAAUGCUUUUAAGCUUCAGUCAGCAUCACAUUGAAAGCAAGACGUUACUGUUCACGUAAUCCAAUGUAGCUCUGUGAAUAACUUACUAUAGAGGGGGAAAUGACCAAUUAUACGCCCUGAAACUCGCCUUUUAUUCUGGUAGACGUUCAAGAAGUGCAAUCAUGGCCAUGCGGGACUUGGUGGAAGGGGAGUGUGGUGCUGCAAACCCACUCAUGAAGCUUACCACACACUUCACACAGGACAAGUCGCUGCGACAGGAAGGGUUCCAGCAUGCCAGACGACCUGGAGUGGUCAGCAGACCUUUUGGAGAGGCCAGGGAAGAAGAGCUGGUUCAGGAGUUUCUCCAAGAACAAUAUCGACAGAUGGCGCCACAGACAUUUAGCAUGUCUGGACUUCUGCAAGAGAUGCAGGACAUUGAGAAGUCCAGAUUACGACAGGGCCCACAAAGAGGGCCAGGAGUGGCAGAUCUAGCCAGACAAGAGAACUGGGCACAAGAGUUUCUGGCCACAGAACAUCCAGUAGGGCUAGAUGACCAUGCGUGGUCCACUGAGUUCCUGUCGGAGCAUCCACCCCCACAUAGUCCUGAGACACUGGCCGAAACCAAGUGGGCACAGGAUUAUUUAGACCAACAUGAGCACCGGACAUGGACAGACGAGUAUGGACAAGAUGUCUUAAGUGAACAGAAGUGGGGGGAUGAAUACCGCCAAGAGGAUGAGGACGAGUUAGCCAAGACGGCCAGAGAAUUUGCUGGCAGUGUGUCAGAUCCAAAGUUAGCAAACUCAGAGUUUAUGAAAUUCAUCCGGAGGCUUGGUGAUGGAGAGGUCACCAUUAAAGACAACGAGGUCGUAGAGAGGGGUGGCGUAACGAAUGAAGCGCGAGCAGCGAAUGAAUGGGUGCACGAUUAUAAUGUGCACGAUGAGCAGGAGAAGUCCUUGUCAGACAAGUGGGCAGAAGAGUUUGGUGCCUUUAAUGAAGGGGGAGCAAGAGAGACCACAGACUUUUGGGAGAAGUUGCAAAAACAAUGGGAGGAAAUGGCAGGGACAAAUGAGCACCCCUGGCUGUCAGACUAUGAAAGAAUUGACCCGUACAAGAAUUACCAGUUUGAGCAAGACAACCCCCUGCUGGACCACCCUGACCCCUUCAAGGAGGGGCUGAAAAGGCUAAAGCAGGGGGACAUCCCCAAUGCCGUCCUCCUGUUUGAGGCUGCUGUACAGAAGGACCCCUCUCAUGUCGAGGCCUGGCAGUAUUUGGGGACAACUCAAGCGGAAAAUGAACAAGAGCCUGCUGCCAUUGCUGCUCUCAAAAAGUGCCUUGAAUUUGAUCAAGGGAACCUGACGGCCCUGAUGGCCCUUGCGGUCAGUUACACCAACGAGACCCUGCAGCCCCAGGCCCUGGACACCCUGAAGACGUGGCUUAGAAAUAACCCCAAAUACACCCACUUAGUCCCCCAGCUGGACGGAGAACACAAAACUAACCUGUACGUGUCUUCCCUCGCUAAUAGAAGUGAUUACGACAACGAUGAUCACGUCACUUUAGUGUCGUCUGUCCACAGCAGAUAUUGGCCAAGUACUCUACAUGAAGAAGUGAAGAACAUGUACCUGCAGGCCGCUCGCCAGUUCCCUCAGGACAUAGACCCAGAUGUACAGUGUGGUUUGGGGGUCCUGUUCAACCUGUCUGGGGAGUACGACAAGGCUGUGGACUGUUUCAGUGCUGCGGUACAAGUACGCCCACAGGACGCCCUUCUGUGGAACAAACUCGGUGCUACCCUGGCCAAUGGGAGUCGCAGUGAGGAGGCUGUGGACGCCUACCACCAUGCCUUGCAGAUAGCCCCGGGCUUCAUACGGUCACGUUACAACCUGGGUAUUGCAUGUGUCAACCUCAGCGCACACAAGGAAGCAGUAGAGCACUUCUUGAUGGCACUUAACAUGCAGCACCAGGGUCGCGGGCCACGAGGUGAGCAGUCCGUCAUGUCGGACAACGUGUGGUCCACCUUGCGCAUGGCAAUUUCCCUGAUGGGACGUCCAGACUUGUACGAACUGUGCGAUGAGCGCAACUUGGAUCGACUCAACAAAGAAUUCAACAUGGAAACGUGACAUACAUCCACCAAGUCCAGAGACUCUUAUGUUGGCAGAUGGCUGUCAAGGGAUGGAAAUGACUUCCCACAGAAACUGGUGACAAAAAGUAGCGAGGACACACUGAAACUUAGUUCUCCUAAAUUUGAGACAAGAGGCUUUGGAUCCGUAUCAGAAUUGAAUUCUUUGAAGUUGCUGCCAUUGGAUAUGCAGGACAUGCCAAAUACUUACACACCAGGAUCCCAAUCUUUGCUCACUCUCUCAGCAUGUGGUCAAAACUGUGAAUUUUUAAAUCCUGGAGUGGCGGUGAAAAGUAUCGCCGACAAAGACAAGUUCAAGAAGAUUUCAGUCACUGAAGCAAAAGGUACACAAAUUGAGAUUAAUAGAAAUUUAAAUGCUUAUAUUGGAGAUGGAGAAUUGAGUCAAAAUGUGGCUGAUGUAAUGGAUUUAUCUUAUGAACAAUGUGAGAUGGACAGAAAAUCAAAUGACAAAAGGAGGAACAGAGUUUGUUUGACUCAACUUGAGCACACAACCUCUGAUGAGCCAUAUUAUGAUGUAGGCAGAGAGAAUGUACUGGGAGAAACUCCUCUAGGGAGAUUUGUUCAUUCUUAUGAUAUUAAAGCAGAGGGCCUUGGGUAUCUGAGAUGUGAUUUCAGAAGAUUUGCAGGAAAACCUGUUACUAAAUGUAGCAUAGUUAAGGAUAAUCAAAGUAUUUUUCCCAAUGAAAAGCAAAAGAUUGUUUAUGAUGAUCGUGAUAGAAUUUCUGAUUUUUCCUCACUCGGUCCUACGAAAAGACGAGGCUUGGCGUUUAGCCCGGGCGUUAUGGGGAUCACAGAAGCUAGUUCCAUGGACUCCACCGUAAAUGACAAUUGUGUUAGAUUUGACACUGAGUUGGGUGAGAAUGCUUCGAGAAUUUGUCAGUAUAACAGUCCGAUAGAUGGCGAGGCUAGUAGCAAUGAAAACCGUCACCAACAUGUUCAUUUUUCGGGAGAUUUUAAAGCAGUGAUGAUUGGCAAUAGAGUAACAGUGAGAGAAAAGGUGCUUCCGGGGGUUCUAGAUUUGAUUUUUAAUUAACAACAUGUUAACUGUUGUAUCAACUGAUACAGAUUUCUUAUGACAAAUGGAUUCAAAUUUUCCUGAUUAUGAUAGAGAAACGAUAAAAAGUGACUCGUUUUCAAUAACUUUUAAAAUGUAGGCAUGCCAACCUCAAUCGCGAUAAAGCAGAAUUUUAAUAUAAAAUGAGUGAAGAUUCGAUUAUGAUUCUAUGAAGUAUCAGUUUUCUUCAAAGAAGAUGAAUGUGUUAUAUUUAAGUUAGACAAUAAAUAGUAUAUUAUCAAA